UGAAUCCAUCUGUUCGGCCGCUAUGUCUGUCAAUCCCUACUGAAUCUGAUGUUGAUGACACGAUUGCCCACGGAAGGGACCUUUUGAUCAAGGUUAAUCCCAAGGGGGGCCGAGUGUCACUGUGGCGUUGUAUAUAAAACCCCAGGGACCACUAUUCCCAGGAUCUCCGCUGUUCGCUGCCCGAAAUCCGGAUCGGCGUCUGGCUCUCCCACCAUUGCUUGCCGCGCAUGUCUUGACGUCUCGCUUCUUUUUUGUUUCCCUUGUCUUCUGGUUCUCUGAGCGUUACAAUGGAAGAUGAACGAGGAACCAGAUUGCUGGUGUCAAUAUGGACUCUGUGCCUGCUGAGUCUCAUCUUGUUGUUUCUGCGUGUUUACUGCAAACUAUGGAGAGGCAAAGGUUUAUGGCAUGAUGAUUGGUGCCUUAUCGCGGCUUGGGUAAGUUAUCUGCAAAUGCCUCUCUUGAUGUUGUCUCUGACCAGUGAAUGUCAUGAGUAUAGGUGGCGCUCGCCAUUUCUGUCUCCCUCAACACAUAUCUCGUAUCUCUCGGCUUCGGACGACACGCAGCUACGAUUAGUGACGAGAACCUCAUAAUAAUAAACAAGACGACCAUUGUGGGAGCUGCUUUUGGUAUAAUGGCUACGACAAUCAGCAAGACAUCUUUCGCCAUCACGUUAUACCGAAUUGCCACCAACGCAUGGAUGAAGUACUUCCUCAUCUUUAUUAUCGUCACUAUCAACGUCUCGAUGAACUUGGUCUGGAUUUUUGGUUUCGCCAAAUGCACGCCUCUCGAGAGGGUCUGGAAUCACAACGUGCCUGGAACUUGCUGGGACAAGUCAAAGCUUCUCACGUUCCAACUAUUCGCUGCUUAUUACUCCGCGAUUCUCGACUUUGUUCUUGCUUUACUACCUUGGGUAAUCCUGAUGCGCAUGACCAUGCGUCGACGAGAGCGACUCGGCGUUGCUGUCGCUAUGAGUUUAGGUGCUAUCGCUGGAAUUACUGGUAUAGUCAAGGCUGUACUGGUCGUCAGCAUGAAGAGUGAGGACAUCACCUAUGACCGCGUCGACCUCACGAUCUGGACCUUGACAGAGCCUGCCGCUUCCAUCAUGGCCAUCUGCAUUCCAGUUCUCCGUAUGCUGUAUCGAGAGCUCAAGUCAAGUUCACGAAGCUAUAACCGUAACAGGACCAAUACAACGCCCCGCGACGUCGACACAAGAAACACGGCCGGGGCAUCAAAUGCUCGGCAGUCAAAGCGAUAUAACUCCAACUCACGCUAUGGUCGAAAUUCGGUCGUCAUCAUGUCAGGAUGGCAAGAAUCGCAAGAGCAUCUCCAGGACGAUUCAGACGGAAGCCAAAGCCAGACUAAGAUGUCUAUGAGUUCCGGGGGCGUGAUGAAGACUGAAGAAGUUAGAGUGCACCACGAGCGUUUGAGCACAUUUAGCGAUGAAAAUUCGAUAGAGCUUAGGGGGUUGCCGCCAGCGCAAGGGAAACCCGGGCAUCAAAAUGCUGAAAGAGCGCCCUCGUUUUAAAUUAGAUUAAUCACACUAUUUUUAAUGACCUGUGUGUAUACAUUCAUGCUAUAUAUUUUCGUUUACAAUGUUUUUAUCAGUAUCGUACA